GGGCAAGCUCCACAACGGUCCUGGGGGCAAGCUCCACAAUGGUCCUGGGGCAAGCCCCUGUUGCGGUCGUUGUGGUAACCGAGGUCACGGUCGAGGUACUGCCAUAUGCAGGACUGAUGAGCGGUAUUGAGACAAGGGAACUGUGUGGACUUACAUGGUCGGGGUGACGGUCACAGUGACUACUGGCCGCGGUGCAUGCUUCAGGUACGAGCGGCAAUAUUUGAUGAUUUCGGGGUCCUUGAGGAUAUUUCCAGGGAUAUGCGAACAAAAGCGGAGGUCGGGGCGUUGUUGGGCGUCAACCUGGCCGCCCUGGUUGGCGCCUUUGCUGCCCUGAUGACCGGCAGCAGGAUCGUGAUGACCGGCAGGAGGAUUGUACCGACUGGCAGGGGGAUUGUAUUGACUGGCAGGGGGGUUGUAUUGGCCGGCUGGGGCACGGUAUUGGUUGACAGGAGGAUUGUAUUGAACAACUGGAGGAUUGUAUUGCCCGAGGGCCAAAUCGAAGGUGAGGAGAGAAAACGCCCCAAGCCAGAGAGAAGCGGAAGGCCAGGUCCUGCCGGCAUAUGCCAGACGGUUUAAACUCCAAGUCCAAGACGUCACGACAGACAGCCACCGACACAUGCUGGUGCCACCCGGCCACGUGCAACCAUGUCCUCGACCACGAGGCUCCAUAAAACUCACGCAUUAGACCAGCCUACCGGAAAUGUGGCGUGCAGAUAUCCACAAGGGCUUUG